GUAGAAAAUAAUGCUCGAAUAGAAAUACUGAAAUCGCAAUUUCGAUGGUGUUUCAUGGUUUUGAACUAUAUACAAGUGUUAUGAAUGGUUAAGGCGAUGCCCAUAGCAUUGCGGUUGUGUGCAUCGAACGGAAGAAUGCAAAUAAUGAUGGCUUUACUCGGAGUUCUGGUGAUAAUUUUAGUGGGUUACAGUCGCCUGUCAAACUCUCUAGAUACACGGAUGCAGUAUUCCGUGAACAAUGACAAUAUACUACAGAAUGAACUGAAACAGUUGCAUAAGAGAAUACAGAUACUUGAAGAUGGUAAGAAGACAUAUCCAGAAGUGGAUUUCCUCAACUAUAAAGAUAGAAAAAGAAUUUUGGUAACUGGAGGUGCAGGGUUUGUAGGAUCUCAUUUAGUUGACAAACUCAUGCUACAGGGCCAUGAAGUGACUGUUGUUGAUAAUUUCUUCACUGGGAGGAAACGCAAUGUUGAGCACUGGAUUGGCCAUGAGAACUUUGAGCUCUUACAUCAUGAUAUAGUUAAUCCUUUAUUUAUAGAAGUUGACCAGAUCUACCAUCUAGCAUCCCCAGCCUCCCCGCCAUUCUACAUGUAUAACCCUAUUAAGACAAUUAAGACCAACUCUAUAGGAACAAUCAACAUGUUGGGAUUAGCCAGGCGUGUUAGGGCCAGGGUGCUUUUAGCCAGUACAUCAGAAGUCUAUGGAGACCCGGAGAUUCAUCCCCAGCAUGAGGAAUACUGGGGCCAUGUUAACCCUAUAGGGCCCAGGGCAUGCUAUGAUGAAGGGAAAAGAGUUGCUGAAACAAUGUGUUACGCUUAUCAGAAGCAAGAAGGUGUAGAGGUGAGAGUUGCCAGAAUCUUCAACACAUUUGGUCCUAGAAUGCAUAUGAAUGAUGGCAGGGUGGUCAGCAACUUCAUAUUACAAUGCUUACAAAAUGAACCAAUCACAAUAUAUGGAGAAGGGAAACAGACAAGAUCCUUCCAGUAUGUCAGUGACUUAGUAGAUGGCCUAGUAGCUUUAAUGAAUGGUAACUUCAGCUUGCCUGUUAACAUUGGAAACCCAGAUGAGCACACCAUCAUAGAAUUUGCUCAAAUUAUUAAAAAAUUAAUAGACAGUGCAGGCAAGAGGAGUGAUAGUGAGAUUGUUAACAAGCCUGCUAUGACUGAUGACCCACAGAAAAGGAAGCCAGACAUAUCCAGGGCAAAGAAAUACAUAAACUGGCAACCAAAGGUAGAUAUGCUGUUGGGUAUAAAUAAGACAAUAGAAUAUUUCCGCAAUGAGUUGCACAGAUCUAAACAUAGUGAGAGAAACCUUCACCCACCAGAGUACGUGCAUCGUGUAGCACAUCCUUAAGAUCUACUAUCCUGUAUAUGCCUACAUAAAAGCCCUCCGAAAGGUUUGAUGCUGAUGGCUUCAUCUUAAAACAACAUGGAAAUGGAAUACAUAACAACUAACAAAUGAAACUAAUGUUCAAAGUACUUAAUUAUCUUUAACAUGAUAAUGACUAGGAUGAGCCAUAUUUAGGAAAAUUCAUUUGCAAAAUGGCUGGAUUUACAAUUGUGUUCAAAGGGUAUUCAAGUGGAGAAAGGGCUACAUAGGAUUACAUAGUCUCUAACAAAAUACUUCUCAAAGUUGAUAUCCCCAGGGUGGGGUCAUAUUUUAACAAAAUAGUUUUGAUAUUUUAUCAUUGAUAAAGAGAUCUAAGUGAUCCCUCAUUAUGUCUUCUUUAUGAUUUUUGGAAUUUAAUUUAAUGUUAUGUUUUAGCCAAUAUGGCCAUAUUGUUUUGUUUUUUUAUUAUGGGUUAUAGAUAUCUGAUGGGUUCCAUAUAAUGCACCCAUCAGGUUUUAAACUUAUGAUUUUGUAUUGUACAAAAACUGUUUAAAAUUAAUUCAUUUUUUAAGUUUAAUGUUCACGAGCAUUGCCUCACAAAAAACUCCCCCAAAAAGUAAUCUUGCAAAAUUGCUAGUAAGUUGCAAUCUAAUAAGUGACCCAACAUGUUCUGAGAUCUUUGAGUUUUUGGUGAAUUCACCAUAAUAAUCUCAGCUGUUGAUAUUUACAGGAAAGGUUUAUGUCAUACACAGGCCCGUAGCCAGUUCAAUGGGUUCCAGCUUAUCCCCCCCCGGCCAAAAAUUCUU